AUGUGGCCCUCCACUCCGGACUGCAAGGAGAUUGUCGACACAAAAGGGGCUAUCCUCGGCGAGCGAAGUGCUGCCCUUCUGAGAGGCGAGUUCGAAGGCUUAGGGCCCCCAGACCUCUGCUGUAUUUUCAAGGUACCUCAGGACAGGAAGUUUCUCCGAAUACUAGUUGGGGCAGACGAUCUGCAGGACGGAGCUGAAGUCUCCUUCUGCCACUUCGUGGUGGGGGUCGACGUUUCCCAGCCAGCGCCCGUUGCGGCCUAUCUCUGUAACGUGCUGCGAGCUCAAGAGCAGCCAACGGGGUGGUUCCGGCGGGGAUGGCGCACUGUCCGGUGUGUGUACUGUACGUACAAUGCGUUUCACCAGCAGGAUCUUCGCGUCGAGCUGUUUUGCCAAGGCGCGACCCCCCAACGGGUAGAAGUGCACCUUUUGGAGGCCUCUGGCCAGGAGCAGAGAGCCUCCGAUGUCUCCUCUGCCGCUUGGGGGUGUGCGGCACUGUGCGCGUUGAUGCGCUCGGAGUUGCCCCCUGACGUCCCUUGCCUGCGCGUGAUGCGGGGGCCCCUGGGAGACCCGUGGGGCCCCGGCAGCUCUGAGGCCUCCCGCGUCUUUUUGGAGCUUUUCGAGAAGCAUGCAGCAGAGGGCGACCUCCUGGGGCUGUUGCCUGGUGUGGGGAGGGGCACCAACGCUCUAAACGAGGUGUUAGCGAGCCACGUGCUGCAAGCCUUGGCGCUGCGGCCUUGUGUUGAAACCCUAGCCUCCUUCCAGGGGAGCUGCCCGCUGAUGGCUCUUCACAUUUCUCGAGCCUAUGCCAGGCGAGGGCAGUUGGAGGCAGCCCUCUCCGCGCUGCUGCGUUGCCUCCACACGUAUCCCGAGGAGGCUUGCGUGCUCCGGCAGCUGGCGGAGCUUUUGCUGCGCGGCGGCUUCCCUCCGCAGGUGGCCUUGCGCGCGGCGACUUACGCAGUAGAGCUCUGUCCGACGGUGCAUCGGUACUGGAUGACGCUAGCACGCACAGAAAUCGGCUGUGGACGCUGGGGGGCAGCCCUGUUGACCCUCAAUGCGGCUCCCGAUGUCUCGGUCCCCUUCCCGUGGUAUCCGCACGGGCUGCCUGCAGACGUUGCGACGUUUCCAGUUACGGAGCCUCGCCAGUGCGGGGUGGGCUACCACUCGGCGCUGUGGCUUGCACCCGUGAGGCCCUCCCUGGUGCGUUUCGGCUGCAAGGGCCGCAAGCAGCAGCCGCAAGGAGACAGUUGUAACGGCUUGAAGGCAGGCGCAGCGACUGCCGCCACACUGCUGCGGUCGCCUAGGCAGGGAACCAGUCGGAGGAGAAGCAGCUCCUCGGGGGACGGGGAGAAGGCUGCCUCGUCUGCGCGCUCCCCAGCCGCUGCCGCUUCCCCUCUCUCCCUGAGUGGUGGUGGUCAGGCUCAAGGACGGAGCGCUCCUAGCCUCCGCAGCAUCCAGCGCCGUCCCUCUCCUGCAGCAGACCCUUCAAGAAGCCCCUCGACAGCCAGAGGCUCUAUGGGGCAGCAGCAGCACCGAAGGGCGUCUUCGCCAUCCCGACACCAGGGCUUUGGGGUGUAUUUUGGCCUUGCGCAGGACCUCGACGAAGAGACAGUGGUGCGAACGCUGGCGAGCCGCAUUAGGAAGGAACAGACGCCUUCCAAGCGGCCAGCUCAAGCCGGCUUGGAGGCACUGAGCGGGCGGGGCAGCAAGAGCAGCAGUACUGCCGAGCAUCUCAGAGCUCUGGCUGCCUGUAGAGGUCUGACGCUGGACCUAUCCGAGAGGCGCCGCUAUGCAGUGCUCGCCUCUCUGCACAAGCGCAUUGGGCUGAAAGGCCUCAACACCCUGCGAGAUGCUCUCUUCUUGCCCCCCUCAGAAGAUCCCGAGGCGACAGCCUUGCAUGCACUCUCCCGGGGCCCUUCCUUCGCGGGCUGGCUGGGGACGCUUCCAGCGGAGAUUUCCACAGCCACGACACAGGAAGCAACAACGGGAGCUAUCGGCGUUUCCUCGCUGGACGGCUGCGUCUCACCCGCAGGGAGGCAGGAGAGGCUCGCCAGUCCAGCCUUCAUCGAGGCGGACGAGGCGUCGGAGGCUCCCGCCCAUAGGGUCGCAGAGAUCCACGCUGACGCAGCGCUCUCCUCCGCCUGCAGCUGCAGCGACGACUCGUCCUCGCCUCCGACGAAGGGCGAGCUCCUGGCUGCGAAUGUCUGCACGGGAGGCUCUGCGGGAGAGCCUCCCUCUGAGGGGGCAUGCAGCAGCGCCGCUGCCCUUUCACUCAGCGAGGCACACGGCGCCGUUGGCCGUUCGCUACCCCCGACGAACCUUGCAGACGGCUCGCCUUGCAGAGGGGCCUCGCCUGCCGCGAAUGCUGGAGAAUCUGCUGCGACUCCUGCCACUGAAGGGCCUGUGGAGGGAGCUCAGGAGAUCAGCGCAUCUGGGGAGGCCUGCGAGCGAGGAGGAGGUCAAGGGAAUGCCCACGGUGGUGAUCAGAUAACGCUGCAGCCAUGCACCGCCUCGCCUCUCCCAGGCUGUGCUACCGCUGCCAGAGGGGUCGCUUCUGAGCAAGAGCUCUUAGCCGCAUGUAGGACGCUGCUGAGCGCAGAGGCAUCCUCUAUGCCCGUGGCUGCGGACGGCGGCGUGCUCCGUCCUCUGACGCCCUCUCUAGGUGCUCUGCUCGAGGUACAGUGCAACGAAGCCCCCCUCCCCCCAGAGGCUGCUGCUUUCGUCCGCAUGCCAAGCGCCAAUGGUCCUUUUCCCGUUUAG